GCACUUUGUGGUCCCUCCCCCCUUUUUCCUCAUUGGAACCUUUCGAGCCGCGCUCUAGUGCAAGACCAAGGCGUCUUCCGAAGCGGAUUGACUCACUCUCCACGGAUAUUACCAAACAACCAUGAGACUCUCGGUCGGCAACAACCUCGUAGGAUUGUCGCUCCUGGUGACCAGCGCUCUGUUUCUCCAGCCCUGUCGAGCGAUCUUUGAAGACGACGCUGGACAGCUCGAUUUUCUGAUUGCCACAACAGGCCACGGCCCCGUCAAAUUUGUGGCCACUGUAGGGAAUACUGCAGUCGUCACUUCGGAUUUCACCGACGACGCUACCAAAACGUCCUGUUACGUGGCCAGUCGAAAAGUUGCCGACGGUACCCUCGUUUGGCGCCGCAACGUCUGCAGCAGCGCCGCGGACGAGCAGCAGUACCACGGCGUGUCCGUUUCUGGUAAUUUCGUCGCGACGGUGGAUCACGUGGGAGUCGUCCAAGCGUGGGACGCCACGAAUGGCGCUCUGCUUUGGGACGUUUACCUCCCAACGAAAUCAAACCACCGUCUUUCGAUCUGGGCGUUUGCCAAAGCCGGCACCCACUACAUUGCGGUGACUUCGGGAUCCGACACAUCGGUCUUCGACGCCGCGACUGGAACAGCUACCACUUCCCCCAGUGCCCGCGAAGCGCACACCUUCAAAGGUAGCUCCGGAACUCAACAGCCAACCGAGGUCUACUGUGACGCCUUGGACCUGACCGUCGGGGCAGACGGGGCGACUGCGCUGUCCGCGUGGAACCGCAAGAAGGACAAGCUCCCGUUUCAAAAUCAGAUCGCGUUUCCUCCGGAAGAGGAGCUUUCUUUCUUUAGCCUCCUCUCGUGCAGCACUACCGCCAUGGAAGUUCUCAGGACCUCCGGACGUGGCACAACCACCAUGAUCUCCCUCACCAAGACGGACUCUUUGAAUGUUUCUGGUGAAGUUAUGUGGACUGCUGAAGAAGGUCUUUCUCGGGUUGACUCUGCAAUUAUGCUGGAUGCGAGCCACUCUGGAGUUGAUUUGGAACAAGACAAGAAAGAAAAUUUACUGCAAUUGGUUCCACGUUUGAAAUCCCAGGUGAUGGCAAUGACGGAAGGUCUGGUCAACACCGGUAAUCCUGUUCGCCGCGACGAUGUAUUUGGCUUUCUCAAAAUUGCCUUACUGCUCUCGUCUUCUUCGAACCGUCUCUAUGGGAUCCCCACGUCCGGUGACACCCGUGGGAAGACCCGCUUCCAGGUGAAUUUGCCCGCAGGUGCCGAGUGGCAUCGGCUGGUGCACGGUGCCUCGAAUUCGAUCAAGUCCGGCCACGGGAUCAAGGGUGGUACACAUACGAGGGAAGUACUAUUGCUGUCGUCAUUGUCAUCCGCUCGGGAAAAACAAAUUCAAUGGACCUGCCUUGACGGUACCACUGGUACCGAACACUCGAAGGGCUCCGUCACGCUCAAGACGGCUGUCUCUCAGGUCAUUCCCUUGGCAGGAAGCGGGGGAUGUCGUCAGGCGGCUGUCUUGAUACUGGAAGAUCGUAGUGCUAUCGUUAUCCCCGAGGACAAGGUGACGAAGGAAGCUGUGCUCGAGCAAGUCGCCAUGAGCAAGAACGGAUUCUUCGGACACAGUAUGCGCAAGGAAAGCGCUGAAUUGGAGGCCUUCGCCGUUAAGGUAGACAGAAAUGGAGAUCUCAGUACCAUGGUUGUUGGCGCCAUAGCUUUUCCUGGUGAGGAGAUUCUUAGUGUGGCGUAUCCUUCUCGAGAGGAAGCAAUUCAGUCGCCCAGCAAUGCCCUUGGAGACUUUUCUCUUUUGCUCAAGUAUGUCAACCCACACUUAAUGGCCGUCGUGACCAAAACCAAAGAAGAUGGAAAAGAGGAUGAGUUCUCGGCACUUUCCGGUACUCGAAAGACAGCAACGUCAAAGCGAAAGCCUUCGGGCGCAUCGGAUACGGCGGAGGUGGAACCAACAGUCUCUACAAAUGACAAACCGAACUUCUUUGUCAACAUUGUGGAUUCUGUAUCGGGUCGCAUUCUUUACCGUGCUAGUCAUACUAACGUCGCUAGCAGCCCCAGCCCAGCCAUUGUUAUCUCGGAAAAUUGGGUAUUCUACUCUUUUACAAACGAAAAAACCCGAAGGGGUGAAAUUGGCGUCCUGUCACUCUACGAGGGGAUGGUAGACAGCAAAAGUCUCACAGCGUUCUCUGCUCCAGAGCUGAGUUCAACCUUCUCCAGUCUCGACGCGAGGGAGUCGAAGCCCGUUGUUCUCGCGAAAACCUUUAGUCUGGCCAAAAGUGCGACGGCUCUCGGCAUGACAUCUACACGUGGUGGUAUUAGUACUCGUCGCUUGAUCCUAGCUACGAUUGAUGGUCAGAUUUUUGCUUUGGAUCGGAAGGUACUGGAUACGCGACGGCCCAUGGGCCAGGUCAAAGACACCGAGAAGAAGGAAGGGCUCCAGCAAUACAGUGAAUUGAUCCCUCUAGUCUCCUACACUUCCCUUUCGUAUUUGCAACUAGUCGAAUCGGUGGCUUCUAUUGUUUCUUCGCAGACGGAUCUCGAGUCCCAGACUCUUGUCCUAGCCUUCGGGGGGCCAGAUAUUUUCUUUACUCGGACAUCCCCUUCAAGAGGCUUCGACUUGCUUCCGGAGAGCUUUAACAGGCCCUUGCUGUCUAUUGUUGUUGCUGGUCUACUUAUUGUUCUGUUUGUAGUGAAAGUAAGUUGCGUUGGUGUUGCUGGAGGAUCUAUUGCAACAAUGCGAUGCUGCGUCUAA